UGUCCGGCUCUGGUCGCAGCAUUAAAGAUGGACGCGGCCGUGUUUAUUCUGUCACUGAUCGACUGUUGUGCACUGAUUUUCCUGGCCGUCUAUUUUAUUAUCACCUUGUCUGAUCUAGAAUGUGACUACAUCAAUGCCAGAGCAUGCUGCUCCAAACUCAACAAAUGGGUAAUACCAGAGAUGGUUGGCCAGUGUCUGUCCACUGUGCUGAUGUUGAUCUCCACACAUUGGUUCAUCUUCUUUCUCAACCUCCCUGUAGCAGCUUGGGACAUUUAUAGAUACGCAAAGGUCCCGAUGGGCAACAUGGGCGUGUUUGACCCCACGGAGAUCCACAACCGGGGGCAGCUCAAGUCCCACAUGAAGGAGGCCAUGAUCAAACUGGGCUACCACUUGCUUUGCUUCUUCAUUUAUUUGUACAGCAUGAUUUUGGCUCUGAUCAACGACUGAGGUGAGCAGCGGGCCCUCCGCCAUCCAUCUUCACACUCCUGGAUUUAACGUUUCCUUCCUCCCAUCCUGUGCCUGGGCUGAAUGGCUCAAAUCGUUCUAGCGUAGUCUUACAAAAAGUACUUUGCAUCUGAUACAAAGGUAUCAAAGCCACACUAAAAUUUUGGUUGAAAAAAAAAAAAGUCAAAUGCUUAAAAAAAAACAUGUAAUGGUACAAGGAGAAAAAAACUAAAAUAGCCUAAAUAAAAUAACUUGACAAGAUCCUCAACUGUGCCCAUUUUGAUGCAGGUGUAUAUUCCUAUAAUAUUAUGACUUUAUUCUGUAAUAACGUCAUAAUUUGUGGUAUUGUUUUGCACUGAACCUGUCAUUACCGCCCGACACACAUUGUAAAGAGCAGCAUGUUGGGAAAGCUCAGACACAAGUUGGUCAUUUUGGCUAUUUAGUGAACACUUUGAACUUCUCAGCUCAUAGUUAGACACGAGAUCACCAAACAUCCUCUUUGGUUCCAACAGUGGGGCCAUUGUGCUAAAUAAACAAAUGCAUUGUUCUGUCUGAACACUUGACCUUGUGUGAACUCUUAAUAAGACAUUCCUUCAUUUGAAAGUUUACUGCAUCGACUUGUAUGUUGUUUUUCAUCAGAAUGUGGCGCGAUUGUGUCGUCACCUCCAUUUGAAAUGACUGCAGCAUGAAAUGACUCCAAUGAGAGGCAUGUGUUCCGAUAAAACAGAGAAAGUUCCUCAUUGUGUUGACUGACAUGACUGCUGGUCAGCUUGACACCUGCAUCUCACUUGUAAGUCUCUGUCGCAGUGUUGUUUUUCUUGAGAUUUUGAGUUUCAUAAAUAAAGCAGAAAAUACAAUGUG